AUGAAGAUUCAGUAUUUGAUGGUGCUACCGAUGGUGUUCGCCUAUCAGAAAUACUGUAACUGUGAAAUUCCUGAUAAAUUGAGUAUUCUCGAAACUACCGAUUGUGAUAUGUGUACAAGGGAAUUGUGCAUUAAUCAUGAUAAGAUAUUUGAUGAUGUGAAAUUGAAAUUGAAAUGCUAUCAAAUUGAGUCCACUAAGGAAGCUUUUAUAGUUUACCCAUUCAUUUUGAUUGUAUUAGCAUUAUUUUUCUAUAGUUUCAAAAGAUGA